GUCUGGCGCCGCACAACCGCAUGGCCAUCGUGCAAGUGGUCGACCUCGCGGGCCGCGAGAGCGAGCAGACCUCGGAGUGCACAGGUGAGCGAUUCCAGGAGCUCAAGUUCAUCAAUCAGAGCUUGUUCCACCUGGCGAAGUGCAUCCAGACUCUGAGCGCGGGGAAGGCCGACCACAUACCGUUCCGCGACUCGAAGCUCACGCUGCUGCUCUCCGAGAGCUUCCAGCGGAACAGCUGGACGGCGUUGCUGGCCACCCUCACCCCGAGCGCCGUCAGCUUCGACGAGAAUGUGGUGACCUGCAGGUUCUUGGAGAGCACAGGGCGCAUCACCACGCACCCGGCGCCCAACCGGUUCUGCGCCCAGGACUUGCAGGCGCAGUUGCAGAGCGAGAUCGUGCAGAUGCAGGCGGAGCUGCAGCAGGGCGACACUGGCUCCUUACCCACGUUGCUAAAGGAUUCGCAGCUGCUGCUGAAUCACGUGAUGCUGUCGUGGACCAAGGAUUUUGCGAUGCCGCAGCGCAAGUCCACCGAGGUUUCCACCCAGGAGUCCCGCAUCGAGGAGGCAUCGAGGC